GAAGAGAGCUUAGCUAUGUACUAUAAAUACAGGGGGUUAGCGAGAGCUCAGGAAUAAAACCAGUACAAAACUGAAGGACCAGGUAGCGACCAAGCUAGCGUUGGAGUCUGGACAGCCAAGUGAUGCCAUGUCGCGAGAUGCUCAACAUUCGAAUGGGAGCUCCAUCGUGGAGUUGGUGGGUAGGACAGGCACACAUGACAGUGAAAAUGAUUUGAACCAUAUGGAUUCCGAUAACAUGCCAAGUAUUUCCAAUUUAUGCAAGACACUCAAAUGUGAGCUCCAUCGUGGACGAAGGGGACGAUGGGACAGGCAUGCAUGGUGGUGAAAAUCAUUUGAACCAUGCAAGACACUCAAAUGUGAGCUCCACCGUGGUGGUUGGGGAUGGGACAGACACACAUGGCGGUGGAAAUCAUUCGAACCAGUCUGCAGAUACCUCCAAUAGCAACUCGACAGGCGCGCAGUCCAGCAGAAUCUCCAAGGUCCGUGCGCAACUCCGUGCCGGCGACCACAACAGCUACACACCGCACUUCGUGACGAUCGGCCCUUACAACCGCACCCCUCCGUCUCCACAGGCUGAACACAUCAAGCUCAUCUGUGUUGAAUUCAUGGAAAGAAAACUCCGGGAGGAGGAAGGUGCAGAAGGUGGUGGUCUGGCGCAUGUAGUGGAGCCACUGGUGCCCCGAGUGAGGGCGUGCUACGACCACGACACGGCGGGCGAAAUGACGACGGAAGCGUUGUCCACAUUGUUGCUGCGUGAUGGGUGCUACCUGCUCGGUACCACGUGCAACCUGCCGCUGCCAGCGGCAAAUAAUCCUCAAGCGCCGCCUGCACCGAGCAACAAUGUUAAUGCGGCGGCGGCGAUGCACGUCACACGAGCUCAAGAGACGGCGUCGGUGCGGGACACCGUCUUCCUCCUUGAGAACCAGAUACCUUUCGUCGUGCUGGAGGCGAUCCACGAGCGCGUCACAGGAGGCAACCGCUCCCUCCUCCAAUCGUGCUUGGGGCCGUACGUCCGGAAGCUGCUGGUGGAUCUGUUGUACAUCAGCCCAUGGGUGGAGGUACCGAGUCUGCCAGAGCCGCCGUCCCACCUCCUGCACCUGGUGCACACCUACUUCAAGUCGCCGGUGACGGAGCCGCAGCAACGCAGCAGCAGCACUGGUGAUGACAACACGGCGUCGACGCUGGACACUCCCCUGCUUCCAAUUCGUAGUGAUCGUACCGGUCGGUGGCGCCGGGCCACGGAGUACUGCAAGUACGGCGACGUGCGGUUCAAGCGUCGGAAUGACUUCAAGGAGGGCGAGCGGUGGACCUUCCUCGACGUGCGCCACGACGCUGGCACCCUGUGGAUCCCUCUCCUGCGUGUCGAUGGCAUGACCUGGACGAUUCUGCGAAACCUGAUGGCGCUCGAGGAGCAGCAGGAGGAACGGCGGCCCGUCACGGCGUACUGCGUCUUCAUGUCGCAGGUGGCGUGCACCGUGGAGGACGUCGAGCUCCUGCAGCGCCGGGGGAUCCUGGAGCAGUUCCUGGGGAGCGACGAGGAGGUCGCGAAAGGCUUCGCCAACCUCUGCAAGGGUGUGAUCUUUGACGUCGACAUACCUGAGAGGAACUACCUCAGGUCAACAUGGCACGAGCUGCACAAGCUCUGCUGUGACCAGGGGCGCAACUUCAUGGGGUCCUUCCGCCAGAAGCACUGGAGCGAGCCCUUGGUCCGCGCCGGGUUCGGCAUCGCAUUCUGCUUCUUCGUCUUCCAGCUGUUGCAAGUGAUCCUGACAUUUAUCCCCUUGGUACACAAGCGGAACAAGUAGUUAUCAUUCAUAUGUAAUAAUACAACUACUGGAUCCAAUCAUUUGAACAUCAAAA